CAUCUUCAUUUUAACUUUUAGCAACAAAUACAUCUGUAAAGAAUUUGGGCGGUUGAAGUUGAGAUCUGUGAAACCGAAAGGGGACAGAAAUGGGUUAUGCGCUGCGGGUUAGAUUGGCUUCAUUCUUCACCGGCGCGGCGAUAGCAUCCGCUGCCGGUCUCUAUUAUCUCCAGAAGGAUUACGCAAUUGCCCACCACGCCAUCUCUCAACAGAUGGAUAACUUUUACAAGUCACUGGAUGAACGUGUAUCGACAUUAGAGAAGUUGAAAACAGGCGAAGCACCAAAGGCCGUGGAAGCUGCUGACUCCGCCUGAUUGAAUUAUAUGUUUUGUUCAGUAGCGAUAUACUGUAGCAGUUCCAAUGAGAUCCUGAGGAUUGCGGAAUAAAACUUAUGCAACUCCACCUUAUUCUGCUGCUCCUUUGUUCAUUUUACUUGAUCCAGGCUCUGCCUGAAUGGGAAAUGUUUUAUUUCAGCCUCUGGGAAUUAAAGAACUUGGUAACCUGUAACCAUUUGAGAAAGGAGUUUUCCUUGUGUGAAA